AUGGCGUCGCAAUCGUACUACGUCGAGUAUCCAGCGUCCCCCGACCGCGAGUUCGCGUGCCACCUCUGCGCGCUGUCGUUCGACCGGAACCACGAUCUGAAGCGGCACAUCGAGACGCACAGCGGCGAGCGGCCGUUCGUGUGCGAGCGGGGCUGCGGCAAGUCGUUCACGCGCAAGGACGCGCUGAAACGUCACCAGGCGCACGACAUUCCCGUUCUGUCCACCGGACCCGAGUGCGAAACCGAAGCCGAAACCGAGGCCGGUCUCGUCAGCAGCGUCGUACCAGCACCAGCACCAGCACCAGCACCAGAGCUACUAUGGCUCGGCAGGACCGAGCUCUCCCCAGGCGGCGGCAGCGGUGGCGGGAUACCCGGCGAGCCCGACCUCGCCGGCGCCCUACGCAGCACCCUACGGCAGCAGCAGUACGGCGGAAUGAGCUACCCGGGAUCAUCGUACAUCGCACCACCACCACCGAUGCACGGCGGAGAGUAUCCGUCGUCGCCGACACGGGCGUUCCCGUGCGACGAGUGCGCGCUGUCGUUCGACCGCAACCACGAUCUGAAGCGACACAAGAUGACGCAUGCGGGCGAGCGCCCGUUCGAGUGCCACGGAUGCGGCAAGACGUUCUCGCGGAAGGACGCGCUGAAGCGACAUCAGACGACCAAGGAAUGCGGGAUGCAGUGAUCGAACG